CUGAAAGUAAAGCACUACAGUUCUAGAGAAGUAAGGAGGCUGGGCGAUGGCCGUACAAGGUGGUGCUGACAGACGUUUUGUCAACAUCUGUGAGUCAAGCAAAGCAUUAAUCAGCCAUGACCAUACAGAAUAUGUCUCCACCUUCUUUGAGAGAUCGGCACUGAAACUGCUUAAACAACAUGGUAUUAUCUUCAUCAAAGGGAGAUCUGGUUCUGGGUCCGAGUCAUCCGUGUACAGGGCGUCCUUGUCCUGUCACCCAUGUCUGUGCUCCAGUUGAAACAGCUUCAAGCCAUGUCUGCCUCCCUCUAGAAGCUUUGGAUGCCAACACUGCCACAACUGCAGCUUCUGCAACAGCAGCGAUGAUAACAUCUUCUGCUAUCACUGCUACGUCUGUGACGACUACAGCCCUGGAUGUCACCACUGCUGCUGCCACCACUGCUACGUCUGUGACGACUACAGCCCUGGAUGUCACCACUGCUGCUGCCACCACUGCUACGUCUGUGACGACUACAGACCUGGAAGUCACCACUGCUGCCACCACUGCUACUUCUGUGACGACUACAGCCCUGGAAGUCACCACUGCUGCCACCACUGCUACGUCUGUGACGACUACAGACCUGGAAGUCACCACUGCUGCCACCACUGCUACGUCUGUGACGACUACAGACCUGGAAGUCACCAAUGCUGCCACCACUGCUACGUCUGUGACGACUACAGACCUGGAAGUCACCACUGCUGCCACCACUGCUACUUCUGUGACGACUACAGCCCUGGAAGUCACCACUGCUGCCACCACUGCUACGUCUGUGACGACUACAGCCCUGGAAGUCACCACUGCUGCCACCACUGCUACGUCUGUGACGACUACAGACCUGGAAGUCACCACUGCUGCCACCACUGCUACGUCUGUGACGACUACAGCCCUGGAAGUCACCAAUGCUGCCACCACUGCUACGUCUGUGACGACUACAGACCUGGAUGCAACCACAACGACAACUGCAGGCCCUGCUACUACCCCGCCUGCAGCUCCCACAAUAAUGACUGUUGCCACAACAUCAGUGACUACUACAGAUGCAUCGUGUGAGCAUGGUUUUGUGUAUAAGGGAUGCUACCUGGAUGACAUUGACAGAAUGAUCAACGACAUCCACGACUUCCACGACUCCAUGACGCAUGAAUGGUGCCUGACUCGAUGCAGACAGGACAACUAUGUUAUUGCUGGACUUGAGCUCAAAACACAUUGCUUCUGUGGAAACUCCUAUGACAACACGAAGUAUACUGUCAUGAGCGAAGGGGACUGCGACGAUCCAUGUAAGGGCGACAGCAGUCAGAUGUGUGGUGGCUUCUUCAGACUCUCAGUGUUCCAGUGCACUUGA